AUGAAGUUCGGUUGGUCGGAUGUAGCUCUGCUGGCUACUGCCUCAGUGGCAACAGCCAAGGAAUUGGCCUACUCUGAACCCUACUACCCAUCCCCAUGGGCCACCGGCGAAGGCGAAUGGGCGCAAGCCUACCAACGAGCGGUCGAAUUCGUAUCACAGCUGACUCUCGAUGAGAAGGUCAACUUGACAACUGGCGCGGGUUGGAUGCAAGAACGAUGUGUGGGCGAGACUGGUGGUAUCCCCAGACUUGGUAUGUGGGGCAUGUGUAUGCAAGAUUCGCCUCUUGGUGUCCGUGAUAGCGACUACAACUCUGGAUUCCCCGCCGGUAUCAAUGUUGCCGCCACGUGGGAUAAGCGGCUGGCCUACGUGCGUGGUCGAGGCAUGGGCGAGGAGCACCGUGACAAGGGCGUGGAUGUGCAACUAGGACCCGUGGCUGGACCUCUCGGUAGACAUCCAGACGGUGGCCGUGUUUGGGAGGGCUUCUCUCCAGACCCCGUUCUCACCGGCGUGAUGAUGGCCGAGACCAUCAAGGGAAUCCAGGAUGCCGGUGUCAUUGCUUGUGCUAAGCACUUCAUCGGAAACGAGCAGGAGCAUUUCCGUCAGGUCGGCGAGGCUCAGGGAUACGGAUACAAUAUCACCGAGGCUAUCAGCUCCAACAUUGACGAUACCACCAUGCACGAACUCUACCUCUGGCCCUUUGUCGAUGCCGUUCGCGCUGGCGUGGGCUCUAUUAUGUGCUCCUACAAUCAGGUCAACAACAGCUACAGUUGCCAGAACAGCCACAUGCUGAACAAGCUGCUCAAGAGCGAACUGGGUUUCCAAGGCUUCGUGAUGAGUGAUUGGGGUGCGCACCACAGCGGUGUUUCCGCGACUCUGGCUGGUAUGGACAUGUCCAUGCCGGGCGACGUUAUUCUGGGCAGCCCUUACUCAUUCUGGGGUACCAACCUGACCAUCUCUGUGUUGAACGGCACUGUCCCUGAAUGGCGUAUUGACGAUAUGGCCACUCGUAUCAUGACUGCCUACUAUAAGGUUGGCCGUGAUCGCUACCGCACCCCACCUAACUUCAGCUCUUGGACCCGUGACGUAUACGGCUAUGAGCACUUCAUCGUGAGCGAGAACAGGGUCAAGCUCAACGAGCGCAUCAAUGUGCAGCGUGACCACAAGCGCAUUAUUCGCAAGAUUGGUGCCGAUAGUACUGUCCUCUUGAAGAAUAAGGGCGGCCUUCCAUUGAAGCCUCAGGAGCGUUUGGUUGGCAUUUUCGGAGAAGACGCCGGCUCUAACCCCUGGGGCGCUAAUGGUUGUAGCGACCGUGGCUGUGACAAUGGCACUCUCGCAAUGGGCUGGGGCAGCGGAAGUGCUGAAUUUCCCUACCUGAUCACCCCGGAACAGGCGAUCCAGAACGAAUUCCUGAAUAAUGGAAACACCGAUGUCUUUGCCGUGACUCACAACGGUGCCAUUGACCAGAUGGCCGAGCUUGCUUCCCAGGCCAGUGUGGCUCUGGUCUUCGUGAAUGCGGACUCUGGUGAGGGCUACAUUAAUGUGGAUGGCAACGAGGGAGACCGUAAGAACAUGACGCUUUGGAAGAACGGCGAGCAGGUUGUCAAGACCGCGGCCGAGAACUGCAACAACACCAUCGUUAUCAUGCACACCCCUAGCGCCGUCCUCAUUAACCACUGGCAUGACAACCCCAACAUUACUGCUAUUCUCUGGGCUGGUCUUCCCGGUCAGGAAAGUGGCAACAGUAUUGCGGAUAUCCUGUUCGGCCGUGUUAACCCUGGUGCUAAGACCCCCUUCACCUGGGGCAAGAACCGCAAGGACUACGGCCCCUCUCUUCUGACCGAGCCCAACAACGGUAUCGGUGCUCCCCAGGAUGACUUCACCGAGGGUGUUUUUAUUGACUACCGCUCAUUCGACAAGAAGAACGCGACUCCCCUCUAUGAGUUUGGAUAUGGACUGAGCUACACCACUUUCUCCUUCUGUGACCUGAAGGUGACUGCUCUCAAUGCCGAGCCGUAUGUUCCUACUACUGGCUGGACCAGGCCUGCUCAGGCCCUCGGCCAGGUCGGCAGCCCCUCCGACUACUUAUUCCCCAAGGGAAUCAAGCGUAUCACUCAGUACCUCUACCCUUGGUUGAACUCGACCAACCUGAAGGAAUCUUCUGGUGACCCCUACUAUGGCGAGAAGACCGAGGACUACAUCCCCGCUGGCGCGGUAGACGCCUCUGCCCAGCCUCUUCUACCCGCGAGCGGUGUCGACGGUGGCAACGCAGGCCUGUUUGAAGAUUUAAUUGAGGUAACUGCUACUGUCACUAACACCGGCUCUGUGGUCCUGCGUGCUUUCGACCGCUUGACCAUCCAACCCGGCCAGAGCGUCCCGUUCACCGCUACCCUGACCCGCCGUGAUCUGUCCAGCUGGGACCCUAUGUCCCAGAACUGGGUUGUAUCAAAUGCUCCCAAGAGAGUCUAUGUGGGCAGCUCUUCUCGCAAGCUCCCUCUUUCUGCUGAUUUGCCUCCUGUUCAGUAA